GUGUACUGGAUAAGUUAGAUCUUACAUAAGCUGAAUUCUGUUUUGUUUCGGCUUAAAAUCCCAACACGGCUUAUCUCAGUCCGCUUCCAACUGCACAAUUGCCCCAUUCAGCAGGUUUAUAGUAGUGAUAUCUGGCGUAGUAGAGCAUAGGUAAAUGUAUCACAUGAUUCGUCUGUGCUCCGUCUCUUCCUGAGCAGAAGGCUGGGGCAGCAGCAGCAGGACGCAGAUCAGGGGGGGCUCCGCAUGUAAACACGCCGCCGUUCAGGGCUUUGUUUCACUGGCAUCCCCCUCCUCACUUUAAGUCAUGCCAUGGAUAUUAUGUGGCAAUACCAGUUCAGAAUCAUCUUACUCGGGGAUUCGACAGUGGGGAAGUCGUCGUUAUUGAAGCGUUUCACGGACGGUAUUUACAGUGAUGUGGCGGAUCCCACGGUCGGAGUAGAUUUUUAUGCCCGAUCGCUUGAUAUCGAGCCCGGUGUGAAAAUAAAGCUUCAGUUGUGGGAUACGGCUGGCCAGGAGAGAUUCAGAUCCAUCACAACAUCAUAUUAUCGUAACUCAGUAGGCGGGCUGCUAGUCUUCGAUCUCACCAAUCGCAAGACCUUUGACCAUGUGAGGGAGUGGCACAAGGAGGUGAGCGAGCACAUCCUGCCUCACCAUAUGGUCUACAUCCUCAUCGGCCACAAGAGUGAUCUCAACAAGGACCGCAAAGUGAGCCGCGACGAGGCCGAGCAUCUUGCGGCGGACCUUGGCAUCCGCUAUGUGGAGACGUCAGCCAAGUGCAACAGCAACGUGGACCGAGCCUUCGAGCUGCUGACCCGAGACAUCUACGAGCUGAUGAAGAUGGGGGAGAUCGUCACCCGCGACGGUUGGGAUGGUGUGAAAAGCGGCCUCACCGCCAAAGUCCUGUACCCAGCCGAGGAUGACGAGGAGAUAGCCACCGCGGCUCCUGAAAAGGGCUGCCACUGCUGACUGAGAACAGUUUCGUCAACCUGUGUCUAAACACUCUGCCGCCCCACCGACAAACAGCUCACCUCGUCUCACAGCCUGCCGUCGACACGCUCAGGCUCAGCAUCCUGUGAUAUCACCGUCCAUCACCCCUCACCUUGUGCUUUGUGGCCUCUUUGUGUGUGGGUUCUACUGACAACUGAGAUUAUUUUCUAAUGGAGGGCAAGUGUACAUCCUGAUGUGUGUCAUAUAAACCGUCGUAUCUCUGAGUCCAUGUGAUGUAGCAUGAGCCGAGCUGUUUUGGGCCUUGUUAGAUUUAGGAAGCACAGAAAGAGUGCAGAGGUGAACGGGCCUCGGGGUUUCGAUUGUAGCCAGUACUCCUCUUUACCGCCCACCCUGGAGUUAAUGGACUACUAAGUAUCCUGAAGGUAAAUUAACUAAAGUGGUCUGGCAUCACUCUUAUUUCAUAUGGCACUAUUGUGGGUUUCUACCUGUCAAAGUUUGUGCGAUGCUUUGCCUGCAAUCUCUCGUGACUGGAAUAUUGUAAAUAAUGGUGAAAUCUAUUAAGAUGAAAGCUAAAAAGUCACUGAAAGCUAUUUGACCGAUAGUGUGUACAGACACAGUGCACUCUACAAUUUGUGUCACAAUAUUAAAGCAACACGCUUCUCCUGCUAAUGUAAGCUGUAUGUGCACUUACGCCAAAAUGACUUAAAUCAGAUCAUUUUGUGAAUAGAUAAGUAAUGUUUUUGUAAAGAAAAAAGAUGAUUUCUAGUUAAGCUGUAUACAUAAAGAUAGAACAUUGUAGGUAGGUUGUUCCAUUUAGAUAUUUGUAUUAUAGCAUUGGAUGUUUCACCAUUAACAACAACAAGACAAGUUUAUUGAAGGUUCAUCUCUCAGACUAAUGACUUCCUCAGCAUUAGUAAAGUUGUGUUUGAUUAACAAACAGGGUUUGAGUUUCAUCUGCUGCUGUUUGUGUGCAGCAAACAGCUAUCUUUUUUACUUAGUGCUCAUGCCAUCCAAACAAUAUCCCAUUCAGGCCUGAGUUAAUGAUGGAUGCCAACUUAUGAAAUCCGGGUGCUGUGGAUCCACAUGAUGUUUUUUUAAACCAUGUACCAAGGUGUUGGGAAAUUGAUAGUGAAGUUUCACUCUGCUUGAACAGACAAGACUCACAGUAGGAAGCUACAUGCACUGCUAACACAUACUCACCAUAAUUCAUCUCAUUUUUUGAGUUUUGGGAGGUAGUGUUAAAUAAAACAAAUAAUGCCAAGAUCAAAACACAUAGAGUUGGAGCUGAAAGGAAAUUAGUCUAGUUUAGCAUAAAGUUCUGGUUCUGUUGUAACAACCGUAACAGUUUUCCCCUCUGUCAAGCUUUAUGCUAAGUAUGCUAAUAGUAAGUGGUUUUAGCUAAAAUUCCAUUUUGUGAAUUAAGCUAAAGCCUUCACUUCACAGGCACAAUAUGUCAGAUUCACUUACAACUUCGUGUUGAAGCCUGUCUUGUGUUGAGAGGUGUUUCCUGAUGUUAGUGACCGUAAUUGUAUGCUAACAGUAGCUAGCAUUGCAUACUGUUAGCACUGUAGAGUAACAGAAAACAAAGAAUGAGGUCCUCAGGAGUGAGCAUAAAUGUCAUCUUUUGAUUUUUAUAAAUAUUCAGCCCAAAUACUCUACAUAGAACCAAGGGAAAGGGCUUUUUUGGGUACAUUAUGAUCCAUUGUCCCUAAAUCUAAUAAAAUAAAAUAAAAAUGUAAACAAAGUCCUACUCUGGCCAAGACUAACAGUGCUUUAGGCUGGACCUGAGGGCAAAGAUUACACUAUUCAGAACAAAAAAUGUCAUCAAUGCAUGUGUACAAGUUUCUUCCCAUAUGUUACACAUUAUACCUUUAAGUUGCUGAAAUUAAUGUAAAUCAAGUAUGUUGCAUAUAAUAGCAUCAACAGCCAGAUUUUGUCCCACUACUAUAGUUAGAUACAAAUUAUUUUUAUUCACUGCUUUCUCGAAAUAAUAGGUAAAGGGGGAAAUUCGAGGAAUCCAGAGGCUAUUUAAGAAAUUAUUUUCAUAAACACAUUUUCAAUUUAGAGGGCCACAGAGGCUAACCAUUUUAAACUAACCAAAUUAUCAGCUCGAGAUUUUAUACUAAUUAAAACGUUCUCAAGAACCCAUAGAAGUCAAACUAAAAUAUGUAAUUAAGCUAUUUUUAAUAUGCCCACACCAGUCAUAAGGUUGUCAGAUGCAGACAACUGUCGUGUUUUGCCACUGUGAGCAGGCUAAUGUUGUCGAUGCUGUGGAAAAAUAAAAUAAAAUGGUGAGACAACCUGCACUAAUAAAUGCUCCAAAAAGUAUGUGGCCAGGAAAUAAUUUUUAAGGCUGUGAUGAGUAAUAUUUAUUUUUGCCAUUAGAGCUCAUGUUUUGUCAUGUUAAAUUUCUAUUUGAGAGAUUUUUCUUUGUCAAACAUAGCUUUGUAAAAAUAAAACUAGGGGUUAGCUCAAGUGUAUGCUAACAUGUGACAGACACAGUAAGGGGGAGCAUGAACAUAGCAUUAGCAUGGGUGUUUUGGAUUUACUGACUUGUGACAUUGAAUGGAAUGCAUUUCAUGAAAAUGACAGAUUGUCAGAUUUUUGCAUAAUAAUACUCACAAACAACAAACAGAUGCAGCCGAUUACGUAACCUUCUUGGCAGAGGUACUAACACCAACUGUAGGCAAGCUUAUGGUGUAAUCUGCAUUUAUAAUAAAUACAUGGGCAAAUACUCAUUAUCAAUAUCUUUUAAACAUGGCAGUAAGAACCUUUAACACAGAUGACCAUUACAUGUUCAUAUCUGCAGAGGUUUUUUAGACGACAGUGACUAAUAAUCAUGUGUUUAAAACCUUGGAGUGUACAAUAGAUUACAGGACACUUUGUGUGGGAGCUCACCUCACCUCCCAUCACAUUAUUCACUCAUCAUUCACCAGCAUCUCACCAAAAAAAACACCUGCUCAGAUACUGUAAACUGCAAUCUAGUCUACAGGGUUUGUUUUGGCUUCAUGUGACCAAAAUAACGUUUUCUGUGAGUUAGCUAACCCUGUAUGGGUGGAUGAGUUAAUAGACUCAUGGUGAGGAAUGUACUGUAAAACAUAUGCACCAUCCCUUUAUUCUUACUUUUCUCAGCUGUUUUACAUUGUACGCCUUUUUCCAAUGCACCACAUGCCGUAGGCAGAUUUUAAUAUACUAUGUUCGGUGUGUUUUUGGUUGUUUGACAAUCAAAUGUUAGCGAUUCAUGUUCUGAUUGCAGGUCUGGACUUCAUGGUUGGGAUACUCUAUCCUCAAAUCUAGCCAUGUUUUUUUUUUUUUUUUUUUUUAAACUGAAAUUAAAGGUUCAAUACAUAACAUUCGCAAAUGCUCAUGUACUUAUAUCAUGUUUAUUGUGGGGUCUGUGUUGCGCUGAGAGCAGAUGUCACUACCCAAAUCUGGUUUUAUUUUGCUAGAUGUGCGAAAAUGGGGCUACUUCCUGUCACAUUUUUUUACUGAUUACUGAAUAGAAUAUGUUUUAUAUUUCAAUAAAAUAAUGAUGUAUUUGCUUUGCUGAUUAUACUAGCAUAAAAAUUUAACAUUCAAAUGAAUUCUUAGUGAGUGAAGGGAAUAUGACAAUAACUAGAUCUCAGUGGUAAGCUGUGGUUAGGUUGCUAGCCAAUAUUAGCUGCUGUUAGCUCUUUUGUUAAGUAUAAGUGCUAGCUUCACUUUUAUUUUAUUACCAGUUAAAUCAAAAAUAAUAUUUUAUUUCACUUCCCUGUUGUUAAAUACUGGUGACAGGAUGUAGCUGAAUUUCUACAUCUACUUGGAACAAAUCAGGUUUCAGUCAUUUGUUGACAUUAGCUAACAGUAUUAGCCGUUGUGCACUGUUGCUGCUGUAGAGGAGCAGAACGGACACACUUAAGAACUUUGGGGUAAGAAUAACAAUGCCUCUAAAUAGAUUUUUUUUAAAAAUAAAAUACUGGCUGUUAUCAUCGAUGCAGGCAAUAAAGACUACUGUUAGCUUAGAAAUGGAGUUAAUGCAAAUAAAGAACUAUUUUCUUGCACAAAACAGACUCCAACAUAAACAAAUGCUAAUGUUACAUAUUGCAUCUUUCAGAUACAUCUAAAUUCACCUUUUGACUGUGUCACAACUACCUAUCACAUGUUAUGUCUGUCCUUUAAACAGGGUUAAACUGUAAAAUAAUGUAAAAUUUGUGUGUUAAUACUGUGCUGUUAGCAAACCAUUCCUCAGUGGGCAUGUUUCCCAUUCCUGGAUUGUUGCACUGCUCAGUGUAAAGAAGGCAUCCAUCCGUGAAAGAAUUGGAGAGAACCAGUUUAAUUUUAAAGGACAACUAUGGAAAGACAAGAAGAAGUAGAACCUUAAGGACUAACUCCAUGGGAUCAAAUAAGCCAUUUUCCUAUCCCUCCAUUAGUAGACUCCUUUAUAUCCACCAUUAUAUAUGAUGCAUAGCUAAAAAAAAAAAAAUAAUAAUAAUAAUAAAUGAAUACAACUACAAUAUUUGUAAUCUUACAGACUGUAGAUGUGUAAGCAGUGUUCAUCCUCAGUGAUGAUGAAAAUAAUGAUUACCAAUUCAGGCCAAGCCUCUCUAUUUCAGUUAUUGAUAGUGUGUUUCAUGCUGUGUACACAUACAUAAACACAGCUCUUUAAGGAUCAAACCAACAGAAUCAGACAAAACUUCAGCUUCUGAUCCCCGUGGUCACAUUGUACUCACAGCUUUACUGAAUAAAUGUUAUUUAUUUUAUA